AUGGCCGACCAAGAAAACCGUGUACCCACGCCCGCCAGAACAAGGGCAUCCAAGAAAAGACUCAAUGAAUCUGUGGAAGGGCUUUCCGUAUCAAAGAAGCGAGUCGUGCUGGGUGAGCUCACCAACAUUUCGUCCGACGCUGCCGGGUUGGCUCUAAAAUCUGCUCCGAGCAAAUCCCCGAAACCCGUAUUCGUGUCUGAACGCGAACAGAAGUUCGGGGUGUUGGUUGCUAAAAAGGCGAGUACUGAAAUUGAUGUGAAUGUUGAUGUCCAAGUUAGCCCAGAAACUGAUGAAUCGGAAAAAUAUGGACACGCUCCUCUUAUGUAUCGGCAUCUUCAUUCCCUGGAGGUAGAGGCAAAGAGGAGACCUUUAUCUAAUUACAUGGAGACAAUUCAGACGGAUAUAACACCAGCUAUGCGAGAGAUUCUGGUCGAUUGGUUGGUUGAGGUCGCGGAGGAAUUCAAACUUGUUUCGGAGACCUCUUAUCUUACUGUAAACUAUGUUGACAAGUAUCUGUCUUCCCACAACUUGAUCAGGAAUAAGCUUCAGCUUCUUGGUGUAUCUUGCAUGCUUCUUGCAGCAAAAUAUGAAGAAAUCAGUCCACCUCAUGUUGAAGAAUUUUGCUACAUGACAGACAACUUGUACUCAAAAGAAGACGUUGUACGCAUGGAAAGAGAUGUGCUGAAGCUUUUAAACUAUGAAAUGGGUGAUCCCACAACAAAAACAUUUCUCAGAAUUUUUAUCAAGGCUGCUCAAGAAAAACCUCUGUACUCAAAAAUGCAGUUUGACUUCCUGUGUUGUUAUAUCGCUGAACUAAGUUUACUGGAUUAUCAUUGCGUCCGGUUCAUUCCAUCCACCAUUGCUGCUUCAGUCAUCUUUCUUUCAAGAUUGAUAAUUAGGCCAAACUUUCACCCAUGGAACUUGGCCCUGCAAAAAUAUACAGGUUUAAAACCAUCUGAAUUGAAAGAGUGUGUCCUCACACUUCACAGUCUGCAACUAAGAAUGGGAGCAAGCGCACGUGCUGUAAGAGAGAAAUACAUGGACCACAAGUUCCAAUGUGUUGCAUCAUUGUGUCCACCCUCAGAAAUUCCUGCUCGUUAUUUUGAGGCAUGGAAAAUUUUCAGUUCCACUUGGUUUGAAUCUUUUGUAAAGCCUGGUAACAUAAGCACCCUUUUUGUUUCUUCAUAG